GUAACACGGCCCAGAGCUCUCCUCUUUACGUAGUGUAUUUUUUUUUGCCCCUGCCUCGGUUGCUUCCCGUUCCCCGUGCCGCCAUUAAAAAAAGCGUCGGCUUGGUGUUUGGGAGUCGAGGAAAAUUAUGAAAAUGAUUUAAAGCGUCAACACAGUCGCCCGAGGGACGGGACUAGGUUUUAUUUAUUUUUUAUUUUAUUUACUCCGCGGUACGUACGGAGCUUCUACUGCCAACUAAACGGCGCCCCCAAACAAGUAAAAAUGCGGUUAGUGUUGGCGAAGUGAGAAAAGCCCGAGUUCGGAUUGGAGUGGGUUUCUCUGGAUCUCGGGGGUGGUGGAGGAGGAGGAGGAGGAGAAGCUGCAUUUGUUUUGGCUGCAGUUGGGAACUGAGGAGUGUAAACACAGCAAAGUAAAUCCCCCCCAGCAGCUAAGUGGCACAGUGUACUGCUUGCUGUGUGAUCUCCUCAAGAGUGGAUCUGCCAAGCUGAGAACCCCUCUGAAGGGCGGGAAGCCUCCUUCAGUGGCGGUGCGACGAUGACCGAGCUGGUUGCCAAGUGGGCUUGUGAAUACUGCACAUACGAGAACUGGCCGUCGGCCAUCAAGUGCACCAUGUGCCGUGCUCAGAGGCCCAGCGGGGGUGCCAUCAUUACGGAAGAGCCUUUCAAGAGCAGCCCUGCUCUGGAUGCCAGUCUGCACCAGUGGGACCCUGCUGGCCUCAGCAACAGCCCGACCCAGGGGGGCUCCAGCUUACUUAUCUGUCCAGAUUCCAGUGCCCGACCCCGCAUACGCAUCGCUGAUGUACCGGAGACUAGUAGCAAGUGGUCGUGCCACAUGUGCACCUACUUGAACUGGCCUCGGGCAAUCCGAUGCACCCAGUGCCUUUGCCAGAGACACCAAGCUCAACAACAGCAUGGGCCACAUUCGACCCAUCAAGGACAUCAUACCCGGCAACCACGCAGCCCCACAGAAUCCCCCCAGACCUCAGGCUCUGGAUGCCGCCCUGCUCCGUCGGCCACCACUACAGACCCCUGUGAGGAAUACAAUGACCGUAACCGGCUCAACACUCAUGCAAAGCACUGGACCUGCGCUGCCUGCACUUACGAGAACUGGGCCAUGGCACUCAAGUGUGUAGUGUGUGAUCACCCGAGGCCCAAUAGCCUGCGAGCUGAACCUAUCGAGCUGGCAUCUGAGCCCGAGACCCAACAACCAUCCUCCAAACGUAUUGAGCAGGACAGGGACAACAGGAGAGGCGUUGUUGGGCAGGGAGUCGGGAGUGUGGUGGGUUGUAGUAGCAGCCAAAGGAGGUCGCCCCCGACCUCAAAGCGGGAGUCGGAGGUGAACAUGGACUUUCAGAGGAUUGAAGUGGCGUCGGGGGCUGGGAUUGGGAGCAAAGAGGAGCUAGAGGUGGACUUCAAAAAACUGAAGCAGAUUAAGAACAGGAUGAGAAGGACUGAUUGGCUGUUCCUCAAUGCCUGUGUCGGUGUGGUGGAAGGUGACCUGGCAGCCGUGGAGGCCUACAAGUCGUCGGGAGGUGACAUUGCACGUCAGCUAACGUCGGACGAGGUGCGUCUAUUAAAUCGCCCCUCAGCAUUUGAUGACGGCUUCACGCUGGUUCACCUAGCCAUCCGCUUCCAGAGACAGGACAUGCUGGCUGUGUUACUCACAGAGGUGUCCCAACAGGCGGCCAAGUGUAUUCCAGCCAUGGUGUGUCCCGAGCUGACGGAGCAGAUCCGUCGUGAAGUGGCGGCCUCACUUCACCAGCGCAAGGGAGACUUCACCUGCUAUUUCCUCACGGACUUGGUUACCUUCACCCUGCCCGCAGACAUUGAGGACCUGCCCCCGGCCGUUCAGGAGAAACUGUUUGACGAGGUGCUGGACCGAGACGUACAGAAAGAACUUGAAGAGGAGUCGCCCAUCAUCAACUGGUCCCUGGAGCUCGGCACCAGGUUGGACAGUCGUCUGUACGCCCUGUGGAACCGCACGGCCGGCGACUGUCUCCUGGACUCCGUGCUGCAGGCUACGUGGGGCAUCUAUGACAAGGACUCAGUGCUGCGCAAGACCCUCCACGACUGCCUGCAUGACUGCUCUCACUGGUUCUUCACCCGCUGGAAGGAGUGGGAGUCGUGGUAUUCCCAGAGCUUCGGCCUGCACUUUUCCCUCCAGGAGGAACAGUGGCAGGAGGACUGGGCUUUCAUCCUGUCCCUGGCUAGUCAGCCAGGAUCCAGCUUGGAGCAGACCCACAUUUUUGUUCUUGCACAUAUUCUUCGCAGGCCAAUUAUCGUCUACGGAGUGAAGUAUUACAAAAGUUUCCGUGGCGAAACGCUCGGGUACACACGUUUUCAAGGUGUGUACUUGCCCCUUUUGUGGGAGCAGAGCUUCUGCUGGAAGAGCCCCAUCGCUCUGGGCUACACGCGGGGCCACUUCUCGGCCCUGGUGGCCAUGGAGAACGACGGCUUCGACAACCGCGGCGCGGGCGCCAACCUCAACACGGACGACGACGUGACCGUCACGUUCCUGCCGCUGGUCGACAGUGAGAGGAAGCUGCUCCACAUUCACUUCCUCUCAGCGCAGGAAAUGGGUAACGAGGAGCAGCAGGAGAAGCUGCUGCGGGAGUGGUUGGACUGCUGCGUGACGGAGGGCGGGGUCCUGGUGGCCCUUCAGAAAAGCUCCCGCCGCCGCAACCACCCUCUGGUCACCCAGAUGGUGGAGAAGUGGCUGGACGGCUACCGGCAGAUCCGCCCCUGUGCCUCUCUGUCCGACGGCGAGGAGGAGGAAGACGACGAGGACGAGUGACAAAACUGGAGUGCGGCGCGAGGGAAGUCUAUGUCUCUCUCUCUCUCUCUCUUUCUCUCUUUCUCUCUCUCUCUUUUUGUUGUUUUCGUCUUUCCUUACACGGACAAACUGUGAGCGCCUUCAGGAGAGGACGCACCCAGCACCUGUAACGGGAGACACCGCUGCUCCUCAUGCACACGCAGGCACUCGGACGUCCACCUCAAACACACGUAACACUAAACCCAAGACGGAGCACCCCAACGGCGGAUCGAGGUUUACCAAUGCAAAUGACCAUUUGUUUUGAUUUUCAAAUGUAAAGGAAAAAAAGGACUCUUUUUCCAUAGAUGUAAAUGCAUGUGGUUGUUUAAAAAAAAAAAAAACAGUAUACGGAAAUAUACCAGCAUUAAUUCAAAUCAACACUUUAUAUCUGUUCAGUGUGGCACUGACUAAAGCACACUUCCAAAUUGUUUUUUAAGAGUUGGCUUGUUUAUCAUUUAGUUUUUUUGAAGGGGCUUGGACUAAGCCAAUAGCUAUCAUUAUCUUCAGAAACCCAGAGAUUGUGUAAUACUAAAUGACUUAAAUUCUUACUACUAAGCAUUGCACAUUUAUUAAAACAUUUCUAUAUGAAUACAGUAUCAUUGCUUGAAUUAAGGUCGUAUAUGAAGCUCUUGAAAGGGGGGAUCUUCCCUUCACGUCAAAUCUACACUCAUUAAGUUUUAGUACACAAACAUUCAUGUUGGAUGUUUUGGUUUACCUUUUUUUAGACUGAUUGAACUGAAAAGUUGUGUGUGUGUGUGUUUUAUUUUUCUUCUAUGAACUUACUCUACAUAUUUAUUAUUUGGAAACUUAUAUGAGCUUAUAAGAGCUUUUUUUUUAAAUCCGUUAUUUUUGCCUUUUGUUGAUUUAUUCUCUCAAACUUGAUUGCGCAACGUUGUUGCUGUGAAGAAAACCAAUCAUGACCAUCCAUGAAAAGUUUACUUGAUUUAGUACCUUAUCUGGAUGCCUCAAAUUUGGUGCUACAUUUUAGGCAGGCAAGUUUGAGACGACCCCGAACCCCCCUCAAGUCCCACUUG